AUGCACCGGGACCUGAUCCAGUCCUCCAGCAGCAGGGCAGACGUGAGAUUCAAGAACGAGACGCUGUACGCUCACCACGGCGGGACGAGCGCUUCGUGUGCUAAUUUCCUCACCGGGGUUGGUAGAAAUGGGGUUCUCCCACAAGGUUUCGAUCAGUUUUUUGAGGCUGCUAACUCGGAGAAAGCAGCUGCAGAGUUGUCUAGACAAAAGGGCACAGAUUCACCAGGGGAGCCGGGAAACGAGCAUGCUGUGGGCAAACAUGAGCAGCCUGAUAAGGCAGAGACGAGCGGGAGCGUGGACGAAGACUCGUCCUCCAACUGCGACGACAAGAACCAGCAGGGUCCAUCCACCAAGUCCAGGAAGAAGAGGUGUCCAUACUCCAAAUACCAAAUCCGAGAACUUGAACGAGAGUUUUUCUUCAAUGUGUACAUAAACAAAGAGAAGCGCUUGCAGCUGUCCCGGAUGUUAAACCUGACUGAUCGUCAGGUGAAGAUUUGGUUUCAGAAUCGGAGAAUGAAGGAGAAAAAGCUUAAUCGCGACCGCCUGCAGUACUUUACGGGAAAUCCUUUAUUCUGA